AUGAUAGAGGCUGGGAUCAACUUGGAAGAAACACUCGAGAAGAAGCACAUAACCAUCAGCAAUAUAUACAAGAUGUUAAGGAAGGAUCACCAGAAGGUGCAUUGGAGGAAGCUGAUAUGUAAUAAUGGAGGAAUGCCAAAGUGGACUUUUAUAUUGUACAUGGCAAUACUGGGCAAGAUGAAUACCAGAGAUAGACUAGCAAGAUGGGGAGUAACAAAUGAGCUACUAUGUCCUAUGUGUAAAGUAGAAGAGGAAAGCUUGGAACACAUGUUCUUCAAAUGUUCAUUUACAGCAGCAAUUUGGAGUAAGGUAUUGCAGUGGAUGGGUAUUACAAGGCAAACGAUGGAAUGGAGUCAAGAAAUAGAAUGGACAUGCAGCAAUGCAAAAAGCAGAUCAACAAAUUCUGAAAUCUACAGAAUAGCACUAGCAAGUUGUGUCUAUCACGUGUGGCAGGAGAGAAACCACAAAAUUUUUCAACAUAAGCAAAAGCAAGCGGGGUUACUGAUUAAGCAAACUAUACAAAUGAUAUGUGGAAGGAGCUAUACGUUGCCAAAACUAAGAAGAAGGCUUGAAGAGUUGAAUUUCUAUCCAUAA